AUGGCGAAACAGUUGAAACCUAAGCCGCUUUCAGUUGUAACAGAAUAUAGUCCUGAUCUCAUUUUGGAAGUAGAAUCUGUUACUGGAGACAGUGACAAUGGAAGACAUAUGGACAGUAUUUCCUCCGAAUCAGUUACAGAGGAAGUGUAUGAACCAGAAAUGUAUUACGAUGACGCAGAAGAUGGCGGAGAAUCGGAAUCGGAUUCCGAGCCCGAACAGCACCUCGUGGACACAAGCGAAUUCACAACUCCUGAUCGUCCAUUGAAGUUUACCGUCAGACUUCUACUUGACUGGUGUCAGAAAAACAACAUUGACAUAGAUCUAAAAACCAUAAAACCUGCCGCUCUGGAUCAAAUUCUGUGUAGGUUUUACGUAGAAGUCCGGAGUAAAGCCGGACAGCGAUACUCCAGAAAUACCAUCGUUGCAAUAAGGUACGGUCUAAAUCGGUAUUUCGCAAACAUGGUACCGCCAAGAAAGAUGGACAUUAUUGAAGAAAAGGCAUUCAGGUAUUCCAAUGCGGUGUUCAAACGUGUUGUUAAAAGUGCCGCCAGGGAAAACCCAGAACGAACAAGCCCCCGCAUGACGACAGAGGAUCUGAGGAAAAUAUACAGUAGUGAUGCAUUAAGCCCCAACACCCCACUCACCCUUCUACUCAAAGUGUGGUUUGAAAUCAGCGUGUACUUCUCGAGGAAACGGUCAAAAGUGCAACGGGACACCAAGACGACAGACUUCAUCUUUGACGUUGACAGCGACGGACGUCGUUAUGCAACCGGAGCUUUACGAGACGAGGAACGUGAUAGAUGUCGGAUGUAUGAGAAGAAAGGUGAUGAGAUGUGCCCCAUUUUAUCCCUAGAGAAGCUGCUGAUGAGAAUCGACCCUAACUGCCAGUACCUAUUUCAGCGUCCAAGACUCUCCAUACCAGACAAAAGCAGUGCCUGGUAUCACCCGGAACGGAUUGGCAGAAACUUUACUUCUCAGAUGAUGGGAAAGAUCACCAAACUAGCUGAACUUGAUACAAAGUACACUAAUGUUUCAAUGAAGAAACUAGCUCCCUGGUCGCUGGAGGAACUUGUUUUCCAACACAGGUAUCAGGUCAUGUCUGUACAAAAGAGUCAAGCACUGCUUUCAUACACUACGUCAUCUACAUCAGGACCUGGACUUGUUCCAGCUGAUAGAUCACUACUCCCAGCCACACUCCCUACCGACUCCACUAAGUCGGUGGGGUGCAACACUGAGGAGGAGAGGGGGGCAUUUAGGCCAUACGUCAGACGGAAAUCACAGACGAAACCAGACAGGAAGGGUCAGCAUAUUCUGGGAGGCCCUGAUCCCAUAGAUGUGAAUACAGCGAAAGCCAAGAUAAAGCGGGUAUUCCAGCGCCUGGUGUACUCCGACCUAGUCACUGUUGUUGACUGGCUCAAGCGGAUCGAUGUUCUCAAAGACACUUCUGGGAUAGUGUUUUGUCGGGAAAACUGUUAUAGGAUAAUGGAACAGCCGCCAAGAGCCCGAAGGUUUACUCCACGACAGGUUCAUCCAACACAGCCACCCCAGUCGGCCAUCCAGCCCUACAUCCUACCAUCUCCACUGUCACUGUCCCAGUACUACAUGAACAACGCCGUCAACACUGCUGCUGCUGCUGCACCUCGUCCGGCAGCCAUCUUCUUUCCCCAAUUUCCUCUCACCUCUCAGAACCAGACUGCCACCAGUCUUGCAUCACAGGAGUCCUCUCUGCCAAGACAUACUGCAUCCUUACUAAAUGCCUCUGUUACAGCCAAACCCACCAACCAGGACCAUUUCAAGUACCAAACAGGAUCUGGGAAUGGUUUCAAUAGUGCCAGGAAUGGCAAGCAGCUCGCCAUAGCUCCAAGGCCUGCUGUCACCGCAACAACACCAAGUCACUCCCUCGGCCACAGUACACAGCAGCAGACAGCAGACGACAGCACUCCCCCACACCAUACAGUCAAGUUGCCCAAGCGGGAAACUGUGUCCAGUUUGGUGGUCAACAUCAGGGCAACAUAGAUGCCAGUGACAACACCGCAUCGACAACAUCACCACAAAAGAAACUUAAAAUUUCUAAUGUCACAGGUGAAAGUAAAGUCUGGAAGAUUUUGUAGACUGUUCACCCAAGUUCAACAUGAUGAACUAUAGCCAGCAGAGACGACUCUCUGGACCAUAUGCAGACUUCAUCUAGAAAUCUACACCAUGGCCUACGAUUGGCUUAUUCUUCAAACAUAUGCACUGUACACUUGAGGAAUGGUUGAAAUUGCUUCAAUAUUUACCUCACUGACUGGAUCCAAAAGAGAUCAUGUCCAUUAAAAAAAAAGUCUUGAACUGAGAAUUCAAGCUUCAUAUGAAUGGUUAUCCAAAUGAAAAUCGUGUCUGUCUUUUGCUCCUGUAUCACAAAUAUUUCUGCAAUGUGUUUUGUAAUUACAGUUUGUCCCGGAAGCAAGUUACCCAUAAUCUACAUUCUACACCAUAGAUCCAAUGUCUGAUCAACUUAUGGUAUCAUGACAAAUGCUGUAUCAUUAAAGUAUUCAGGUAUUUAGGCUGCCAGAGCAUUUCUAUUUAGAAACGAUUAUCAGUUCAUCACAUUUACUGGAAAAAAACAUGCAAUACACUAUCGAAAAUGUUAAAAGUGAUUUGGAACAUACAGUCCACUCGGACUAUUAACCUGAUAUGAUCACUUCUGAUAUGUUGUUGGUUAUUAAUUUUCGCCUGCGGUUAUCUCCCCUUUCAGGUUUGCAUGUUAGUUUAUUGUGCUUUCACCUUCGCGCUUCCUUCUUGGAAGUACUGUAAAGUUGUUUUAUUACAUUUUGAAAUAAAAUCAUUUUUGUAUUUUAA